AUGUCUCCGAAAGAGUCAGAGCAGCCGCGACGAAGGCCGCUCAAGUUUCCUCGGUCAAGAAAAGCCAAGGAGACCGAUGCUGCUCCGACCGUUCCCCUGGUUAAAAGUGCAGCAUCGGGCCCACCGACGCGACCUGCUGGAACCUUUGAGCCCCAACCAUCAAAGGACGCACCAAUCCGAACCACGAAGGCCUCCCAGCCAUCGCCUGCUCGCCCAAGGCUAAAGACAACGGCUCAGCGAAAGAAGAGGAGGCAGAUUCAAGUCGAAGAGUCAGAGACCGAAUCUGAGGGCGAUCAACCCAAGAGGUCACGACCGGAGGUGAGGAGGUCUGGUAAGGAACCGAUGGAAGAUACGAACACUGCCGAAGGCGCGAAGAAGGAUACUCUUGUGCUGGACUCGCUGGCCCUGCUUUCCAUGCGAAUGUCCCCGGAGAAGGUUCGACUGGGAGCCGCAAAGGGGGAGGUCGCUCUGAAGGAAGAGAACGCAACGCUCAAGCAAAGCUUGGAAGCCGCUGAAACAGAGAGAAACCUGUCUUAUGAGUCGGCGAACCAAGAGAAGGACCAGGAGCUCAAAACGACCUAUCUGCGGGCUUUGCGAACAGAACAAGAGAGGGAUGCCUCCGAGAAGCAAAGCCAAGCUCUCGAGGCUAAACUUCAGGCAAGUCAGGGAAAAGUUGCUUUCUUGACCGAAGAGAUGCAGAAUCAGGCAGCAGAGGUCGAGGAGAAGGCUGCCGAUUGGGCGAUCAAGUCUAUCUAUGCCUUGCGACCAAAGAAUCCGCAACUUGAUAUGUCCGACUUUCCGGAGGACUGGUAUCUACAUGCAUACUUGAAGCAACCAAAGUUUUUUGGUGCUUCUCCCGCAGUUCUCCUAUCGUCGUUUCCUGGGGAAGUGGAUCUCCGUACCAGAGCUGUCAAUUCGAGGAGGGUUCAUUGA